ACACGCCCUCCGUCCGCCAUCGGCCUCCUCCCCGGCAUGCCCUACAACCAGCAGAUCGCCAACUGUUGUCGCGGCGGCGGCGUCUCUGCCUACGGCCAGGACCCCGCCGGCUCGCUCUCCGCGUUCCAGGUCUCCGUGGGGCUCGCGGGCACCACCAACAAGACGGUUAAGCUGCCCAAGAACUUCACGCUCAUGGGCCCAGGGCUAGGCUACACCUACGGCCCGGCCACCGUCGUCCCCUCCACCGUGUACUGGAGCGCCGACCACCGCCGCAAGACUCAGGCGCUGAUGACGUGGACGGUGACGUGCACCUACUCGGAGCAGCUGGUGUCAAGGUACUCGACCUGCUGCGUCUCCUUCUCCUCCUUCUACAACAGCACCAUCGUGCCGUGCGCCCGGUGCGCGUGCGGGUGCACCCCCCAUAAAAGCACCAGCGGGCGCGGCGGCAAGAGCCACAGCGAUGGGUGCAUCGCUGGCGACUCCAAGCGCGCGUUGACCCCCGGCGUGAACAGGCCCAAGAAGGACGGCGCACAACUGCUGCAGUGCACCAACCACAUGUGGCCCAUCCACGCGCACUGGCACGUCAAGCUCAACUAUAAGGACUACUGGCACGCCAAGAUCGCCGUCACCAACUUCAACUACCGCAUGAACUACACACAGUGGACGCUCGUCGCGCGACACCCCAACCUCAACAACGUCACCAAGGUCUUCAGCUUCCAGUACAAGCCCCUCCUGCCCUACGGCAACAUCAACGACACCGCCAUGUUCUACGGCCUCAAGAUCUGCAACAACCUGCUCAUGGAGGCCGGCCCCUUCGGCAACGUGCAGUCGGAGUUGCUCAUCCGAAAGGACGAUGCCACCUUCACCCUAAGCCAAGGGUGGGCAUUCCCGCGCAAGAUCUACUUCAACGGCGAUGAGUGCAAGAUGCCGCCGCCGGACUCCUACCCUUACCUGCCCAACUCCGCUCCGCUGCGUUCUUCCAUCAUCACCGUUUCCUCGACGUGCUUGAUGUUGUUGCUGUUGCUACUGGCAUCAUGA